CACCCCAACUGAAAAAGCCAUGGCUCCCUACGCAACAGACGAACAGACUUUACAUAACCAAAAUAAGGAUCUGCCUAAAUUAAAAGCCCCACAGGCAGAUGACUGGAAGUUCAAGGUUUCAUACACAACGGUGUUCGUUAUGUUAUACCUGCAUUUGUCAGCGCUGUACGGGCUUUACUUAAGCUUCACGUCGGCAUCUUGGGCCACUAUAGUUUAUGGCAUCAUCCUUCUGGAAGUGGGUAUACUCGGCUUGAUGGCAGGGGCCCAUCGACUCUGGUGCCACAGGAGCUACAAGGCCACCUUCCCUCUGCAGACUUUGCUUAUGCUGUUCCAAUCGACAGCUGGGGAGUACACCGCGUUCAACUGGGUUCGAGACCACCGACUCCACCACAGCUACAGCGACACCGAUGGUGACCCAAGCAACUCAACAAGAGGUCUUUUUUUCUCUCACCUGGGCUGGACGGUUGUCCAUAAGCAUCCGGAGGUCAAACGACGUGGAGCAAGUCUAGACAUGUCGGAUUUGCUGAGCAAUCCUGUGCUUAUGUUUCAGAAGAAAUACGGUUUCUACAUCAUCACCUUCUUCACCUAUGUUCUCCCGACCAUCAUCCCAAUGUACUUCUGGGGAGAAACCUUCAACACCGCUUACCACGUGAACAUUCUCCGGACCAUCUUAAGCUUAAACUUCACCGCUCUCAUCAACAGCGCCUCUCACAGUAUCGGGAGAAGACCUUACGACAAAGAAGUCCAAGCUACAGAGAACAUUGCUGUGAACUUAGCUACGCUUGGCGAAGGGUUCCAUAACUACCAUCACGUUUUCCCGUGGGACUACAGGGCUGCAGAAUUGUCUAGUAAACUUAACUGGACUGCAGCGUUCAUAGAUUUUUUUGCGUGGAUCGGAUGGGCGUAUGAUUUGAAGACGGUGGAAAAUGGUAUAGUGGUGAAGAGGGCAAUGAGGUGUGGGGAUGGGACUUAUGAAGGGGGGUUGAGAUGUGAGACAGUUUUUAAGAAUGAAUAAAGUUUUGAUGGAAGAA